GCUCUCUACUGGCGCGACUAUUUGGACUUUGAGCUCUUGAAAUAAAUACAAGAAAAAUGGCGACGCGGCAUCAUGAGAUGUGCCUGCAUCAACAUUACAGCGCUUAACAAAGAGUCCAGUCCCUACUCAACCACAGAGAUCAUCGAAAGAGUAGCUGUAUUCUUCAGGUAGUGACCUGUGAAGCCCAUGCCUUCUACACUGGCCGACCUAAAAAACUUCAAACCCCAGAUCUGAGCCGGUACAAUGCGGAUGAGUCUGGCCAGGUUUUGCACGGUGGUCGCACUGGUCAGUCUCGUGGUGAUUAUUUCCCUGGCCAACCGCCACUUCUUUGGGCGUCGGUACGCGCAGGAUGCAGCCGUGCACAGCGUGCACAGGUCGCACCACCCUGCUGGGAUGCGGAUCGGUACCCCCCCGAAAGCCACUCCUGAGAUGAUUGAGGUACCCCCUCGGGACGAGGAUAACCCGCCCACAGAGAGGUUGAUCCCCGUAUCCUUGCACUGCAAGCAAGUGUGCACAAGCGGGUUGGGUGGCGACUGUUACCCUAUAGACAAAGCCAUCCUUGUGUAUCGAGAUGAUACACCCACCAGCUUCAUGAAAUUCCGUCAGAACGCACACCCGGUGCUCUACGUGUCCAAGCCUGCAGACGGCCAAACCGUGCCAGAAUUCCAGGAGGUGGAAGAGUGUGACAUGGACGACCACUUUCCGGACAUGUUCCUCCUCCCGCGGCAGAGGCAGUGCGCCGUGGUGGGUAACAGCGGCAUCCUCCUGGGCAGCGGGUGCGGGAAGGCCAUCGACGGCCACGACUUCAUCUUACGGGCAAACCUGGCUCCCGUGAAGGGUUACGAGACGGAUGUGGGCCAGCACACGGACAUGACCGCUAUCAACUGGGAGACGCUCGGCAGGCUGUACUCCUCUGUCGUGCAAAGUGGCCCCACCAACCUGGACAACAGGAUACUUCUUGAACGCAUACACAGACUUCAAAAGUCGAUUCUUUGGUAUCCGAAAUCGCUCAGUAAGUUGUAUCAGCGGGAGGUUAUACGGAAGUUGGCAGUUACCCUCAAGGAUCACAAAUUCAUGAACAUUAAAAUGGCCUUCGGCUGGAAAGCGAUUAGCAUCGAGAGAGAGUGGGGUUUGGAGGGCUACGCAACACUUGGCUUCGACAUGUUCGUGGUGGCCAGAACUCUCUGCUCCAACAUAACACUGUACGGUUUCUAUCCAUCCAGAGAAGGCCCCAACGGCGAGAAAAUUCAGCACCAUUACUACGAAGAUGUCGACUUCAAGUAUCAAACGGCAAAGCACGAUUUCUGGCUGGAGUACCAGAAACUUCAAGACCUCCAGGCAAAGGGAGAGAUUAAGAUACAGAUUAAGCCCUGCAAAACAGCAGACUGAAGUAAAACAUAUACUGGGGAACGGGGUAACAAGGCUAUCGUGGAAAAUGUGAUCGUGAUGGAUACUCCCGAAAUUAAAAUUUUGUUUGCAGCCUUUCCCUCUGAAUGUACAUGUAGGAGGUUAACUCUGGUCAUUUUCUCUUCUACGGGGGCGUUCUCCAAGGGCUGUGGCACCAACAUCUUUUUGCUAAAUCCCUUUCCGUCAGAUUUAUCGUAAACAGCGUAAGCACGUCGUGCAACCAUUGGAGACGCGAUUCUGAGGCGAUUGUAACGCACAGAAAUUGACCGAUAAUCCGUCUAUCAUGCCCCGGUGAACGUCCAGUCCCAUCGAUAUUCCUUGGAGAGUCAGGACAAAGUAUGAACUGAGAAUGUUACUAAGGCAACAAGCCAACUUAACACCGAAAAUGGCCGCCAAAUCGAAAUAAUGUACAGCUGGCGGGGUGAGAAGUUGUCACCUUGGCUGGAUCGAAGAUUUAAAAGAAAAAAAAAUAAUAAAAAUACACAGGUGGCCUAGAAAACAAAGUCUCACCAGGUUCAACAAAAAUAAACAUAGACCCAAAUGCCCGGGUAUUUGUCCAUCUGUAACGUUUCUGUGUGAUCCACUUAAGUAUCCACAUUCUCGGCUAAACGAGAGAAUCCAGUAUGCAGUGGGCGUGGUUAUACCUCAAACAGCCCAAUUCGAACAUAGCUGUAAAGCUGCGAACUGAAAUAAUGGAAGUGUUGGAAGAUUCCGUUUUAAGUUUCAGUGUCUUUUUAUUUCUCCAAAAAAUAUACAAGUCUUAACCAUGGGAAGAAAAGAAACAAGAGUUUACAUAUUUAAAAAAAAAAUCAAAAACAUAAUAUGCCGGUUGGGCCCAGUUUAAAAGCUUUGUAACGAACUGCACACUUUUUCUUACUGUCCAAAAGAUAUGAAAUUUGUACGAAAAAGUUCUAGUGACAAUAAACUGGCAACUCUUUACGGCGGUUUGUCAUUAAUAUACUUGUCAGGGAUGAGAUUGGAGGAAAAUUAAAUAUCCACGAAACAGCCACCAGAGAAUUUGGGGGACCACAGCAGCAAAGGGUCUACGGUACACAUUAGUUGUUUGCCCAAAGACAUACCUUUGAAUAAACACUUCUUUUGUUCUGUGUAAAAACACCUUAUUUUAUGUACUGUCAUAGUGACCUCAUCAUAUUCCGGAUUUUAAACUGAUUGAUUGAACCGUCCAGAAAUUGGGGACAUCCUGAGGUGAACAAAAAUCCUGAAAUCAGGACAAAUCCUGACAAAUCUCACCCCUGACUUGUAUACGAGCAAGGGGGGAUCCAGAGCCAACUCUUGAGGUGGGGGUGGGGCAUAUAUAUUUUUUGGGGGGGGGAUUAGAACUUUUUAUGUAACCCUUCAUGAUGCUUGUGGGUAAAGCUACAUUUACAGAAUUUUGGAAGGCAGGGAAAUGACAUGGACCAAAAAACUUGUCCUUUGAUUAUUUAAAAACAAACAAACACCCCAACAAACAAACAAACAAACAAGCUUUUCUCAUGGGGGGGGGAAUGGCCCCCUGGAUCUGCUAGUGUGUACAAGAUUGAUCUGAUUAUAGAGGCCAACAUUGACAGGAAAAAGGCACAGAGAUAAGCCAAAGAAUUGUAGCUUGCUUUGAAUACCUGUGCUCUGGUUGCAAGGUACCAUAAUAUAUGCCCCCCCCCAAGAAUCCUGCGGGGAGGGGGGGGAGGUGACUGGAUUCUGAAGACAGAACAAAGGAUGAGCGGGCAGGAGAAACGGAUGCCUGCCCCAUGGAAACUCAACAGAGUGUAGAUGAGCAUCAUGAUUACAGAACCG